AUGGUCGAGCAAGACGAUGAAGUUGCUCAGGAUGAAGCACUCGACGAAUUAGCUAGUUAUUUCAGCGGAAAGGCACCCAAAGUGUUGGUCACUUCCAGCAAAAACCCUUCACCCAACUGUUAUGAUUUCUGUGCAGAAUUAGUCUCCAUGUUCCCUGAAGCUCAAUUCGCUAAACGUGGAGUCAAGCAUGAGUUGAGACAAGUGAUAAAGAUUGCCAACGACAAGGAAUUCACCGAUCUUAUUAUUGUCAAUGAAGAUCGCAAAGUACCCAAUGCUGUGACUUUAAUACAUUUACCUAACGGACCUUCCGCCUACUUUAAACUCACCAGUUUCACACCUGCCAAAGCCAUUUCCGGUCAUGGUCGUGUAACUGCUCACAACCCUGAAUUGAUUCUGAACAACUUCAAUACCAGAUUAGGUCAUACCAUCGGCCGCAUGUUCCAAUCACUUUUACCUCAAGUACCAGAGUUUCAAGGAAGACAAGUGAUUACUUUCCACAAUCAACGUGAUUUCAUUUUUGUACGUCGUCAUCGUUAUGUGUUCAGAGAUACAGAGAAGGUCGGAUUACAAGAAUUGGGACCUAAAUUCACAUUAAAGUUGCGUUGGUUACAAAAGGGUAUUUACAAGCGUGAUGGUGAAUACGAAUGGGUAUUCAAGCCUGAUAUGGAGACUAGUCGUAAGAGAUUCUUCUUGUAA